UGCUGUACCAAUUUCUGUGGAAUCCAUGCAAGAACUUUCUAUGGCGUUCUCAUCGGUUCUGCCCGAUCUGCGGAUCUCUCCCCAGUGGUGGAAGGUCUCUCCUGACCCUUAGGCAAAAGGAAUUGAAUGGGGAGAAGGACUUGGUCGCAAAGCUCACCGGCACGGUUUACUAUACUUGCUGCGCAGAAAAAAAUCUUGUAAAAGAUUGCUUCCUCUGAUGCAGACAACCUGGACACGACCGCAUCAACCUGCCUCUUCUCCACUCGCACAGUACUUCUCUGACUCUCAUCAUUGCUUUGACCGAGGCCGUGGAAGAUGUCCAGUCAAAAUGGUGCAUUGCUACCUUUUGACCAUCUUCAUAAAGAUAAAGAUUGGCUACGUGCUCAGCUUGACGCGUAUGUAAAAUCUUGCGACAAACCGUGAGGAACAGCCCUCCGUUUCACCAUGAACCAGGCGUCAAACUUCUUGGAGGCUUUCCCUGACUAUUGCGGUAACAAAGAGGACCUGGAUCCCAAAGUUUGGACAGCGUUGACAGGUAAAAUCAACGUCUGGUUCAAGAAUACGAAACGCAACAUGGGCGUGAAGACGAUGAAGCUGGAUAUGUGAUCACCCCGACAAUAUCCGACUUCUUUGCGAGCGCGACUGCUGAUGGCAGAGAAGACAAAGGAAUCAAUCACCUUAUCACCACCAAAGCUGUGGAGAAAAUAUCCAUGAGCUUGGGGCGCGUUCUAUGGUGUUGAAAGAGCUAUGGAAUGAGCUACCUGAGGAAGAAAAGAAAGAGCUGCUCUCUGAAGUGGAGGGAGAAAGAACAGCUCUACAGAACAAGAACGACAACAGCAGACCUGGCAACAGGGCGGAAAAUGUCACAUGGCUGCCCGAAACAUUGACAAGACUACUCCGAGGACUAUCGGUGCAGACAGGCUGGUCUUUCACCGUGCUUGCGGGAGGACGACACGCGCCAGGUAAUGAGGUGGGGAUAUUGAUAUUGAGCGAAGGACGCACGUUAGAAUCGGACUUGUCCUUUCAAGACUUUCACGAAGAGUGGGAAAAACAAGUGAAGCUUCCUUGGGUGGAAUUCAUCAAUGCAUUCGUGGGAAACGAACCUCGGUAUGGGCGCUACGUGCCAAAGAUCGUUACAGGUAAACACGGUAUACUAUGUCUCCCGAAGCCUCAGCCGUCUUGGACAGAAAAGAAUUAUCGCAACAUCCUUUCAGGCUGGAUGGAAGCGAUGCGGGAGGAUGAACAUAGCAGAGAUACGCCAUUCAGCGUCUCUCUAUCUGCGGCACCCAGUCGCCUACUACCUGGAUUAUCGCAACAGGACAUGCGCGGAUGGAGUUUUCAGUUGCUCCUCAAUGCAUACACACAUGUGCAGAUGCAACUAGAAGAGAUGGGAAGUGAUUACAGCUUUUAUCUGACUGGGAGCACAGUGCACAACGAGGGGGCUGAAGAGACUCUAUCUGCACUUGAUGAUGGCGUAGAAGAGGAUGUUGUUUCUGAGAACAUGCCGCCGAUGUCCAGGGAAGUACCCGGAGAAUACGAUGAAUCCCAAUGUUUUACCCUGGACGACAGAGUCAGCUUAUCAGGGAAUGAGAAUGAAGAAGACAUGCAAACGGAUGACUACAGUGAUAAGGGAUCCAUUCAUGAGUAUGAGACCGGAAUUCCCGCAUAUCCAAGGUUGGAGGAACGGCAGGCGUCUGACACACUGGGAAGGUUCUCAAGCAAAGAACUUGUUGUUAAAGCUCUAUCGGCGAGGCGGAAUACGGUUGACACAGGCCGAAGGAUUGGCGAAGAAACCUUUGUACGACUGCCGUCGGCUCAAGCGAAGACGGCAACGACGAGGCGAAUGCUGGGAGGGGCCGAUCCGGUCGACAUCGACAUCAGCCCCCGUCAAAGGAGACGUCGUGAAAGGCUAGGUGAAGAUGCCGACUUGGAAGAUCCGAAUCUGAAUACCAAGAAGCGCAAGCUAAGUUGUGCCCCCAUCAAGCAGGGGUACAAGAAAGAGAAGAGCAAGAAAAACAUGCGGCAACCAAGCACCUCACGCCAAAAUGGGGACGGCAGGCGGGCAAAGAAGGUGUAAGUCUCGCUGGAAGACGCGGCUCUAGAAUCCUGUAGGAUCCGAUUAUUUCAAGCGGCGAAGCGCGACCUGGGAUGAUGUGAGCGUGUAUCACCGCAUUGACAAAGUAUGAUAAGUACAAU